CUCUACAUGUUAAGUCAAAGAGGGCUAGGUUAGCAAUAUAGAACUAAGCUGUAGAUAGAGCAGAAAUUAUUAAGUUAAACAGUUCGAUCAGACAUGAAUGUAAGUAAUGGCGUACAUGCCGAGUCCUCUAGAGACCUGGGUCCAGUCAUUUCCGAUGAGUGGACGCAGUUUGUUUACUGGCUCAACUACGUCACCAUCACACCAGCUGUAGCUGUGGUUGGUAUAGCCGCCAAUGUUGUUAACAUCAUCGUCUAUGCCAAGCAUGGAAUGAACGACUCUUCAAACAUCAAUUUCUUGAUGCUAUCAAUCAAUGAUGUCGGAUGUCUGGUUACAGCUUUCGUCUUCGGUAUCUUCAUUGAUCCAAUGCUAACCAGCCAACACGACUUGCCUCUAGAUCCAAUGGCUGUAGGAUACAUUGUAGCAGCUUGGCCUCGUGCAUUCUUCUCCAAGAUGACCUGCUGGAUCACGGUGUACAUAACUGUUGAAAGAUGCCUCUGCAUUGUGGCACCACUCAAGGUGAAGCGCGUCCUAACUCCGCUAAGGACUCUGCUCAUACUUUCCACCCUCUACCUGGUCAUGACUCUCAUACACUUCAUUCGCUUCUACAUGGGCACUCUCUUUCUGACAUUCUCUACGGAUAAGGUCAGCAACAGGACGAUUCUUGGUGUCGGGGUCAGCGCCAAGUACGGGAUGGCGGACGUCAUUUCCGGUACCGCCAAUAGCGUAGCGUUUUUCUUUCCCUUUUUCACUUCCGUUGUAGCGACAUUCAUCUUGACGGUUGAGCUGAAGCAGAAGUCAAACUGGCGUAAAUCGGUUGGCUCUUCCGGUGUGUCGAAUUCUGAGAAAUUAUCUAAAAGAGACAAGGCGUUGAGUAAGACGAUCGUUCUUUUAUCCGGGAUUCUGAUUAUCAGCUAUAUCCCCAACACGGUCAACUGCAUCCUCCCGACACAGCUUGAUGGCUUUAAGCUGUAUGGUAAAUACAGUAACUUCUACAUGGUCAUGUGGUCUUUCUCAUUUGUGUUUGAGGCUCUUAACUCCAGCACAAGUUUCUUGGUUUAUUACUACAUGAGUACGAAAUACAGGCAAACAUUUCACUUUAUUUUCUCACAAUGCUCUAGAAAAACCCAGAAAACACUAACCAAAAAGGAAGACCAAAUAAAGACCUAAUCCAUCAAAGUUAUAAAGUUAGAGAAGGGGGGGGGGGGGUAUUUGGUUCAGUAUUACUAUACAUAAGGUUUAGUUUUCUUUCACAUGAUUCAGAUUUUUGAAGAUCAUUACAUUCUAGCUCAAACUUUUACUGGACGGCGGUAGAUGAUGGAGGACAAUGCUAGAACCCAGGACCACCGAGAACAUUGAAAGACUGUUGAGACCCCAUAGAACAAACUAAUGAGACUCAACAUCCAAUUGUACACGAGAAUUUUUGAAUAGCGAAAAAUAACUACGUAACUCCUUUAUGAGGAACUGGAUUUAAGGAAUCAAAUUUGAAAUCAUAAUCUUAAUAGACAGACACAAAAUUUAAGUAAAAAUACAAAAUACAAAACCAAUGUCUGCCUGGUCACAUGGUAUGCAGUAUGAAGUAUCAUCACGAUUGUUGCGGGUUUGAACCCUGUUUGCCGCCAUCGUCACCAUUUUGCAGGAGGUUUAGUGAAACAUGUCUGAAGGAGAAUCUGAAAAAAACUGAUGACAAAUGAAACGGUCACCUUCAAAUCCAUUUGGAAUCUUUCUGAGCAGACACAUUCGAAACUACAGCUCUCCAAUAACUCCUUAUUUAGUCUGCUAUAAGAGUAUUGUAUCAAAGUUUAUUUUCGAACGAAAUAAAGCCGUGCUUUGGUUACUUAAUGAAGAAUAAUUAUUGUUUUUAAAAAACCUUAUAUCAACUCACUCUGAUUUUCUGUCUGUAUGUCUGUCUGUCCGACUGUCCGUCUGGUAAAAAGUCUGAACAUGUUUUUUUCUCCCAUUUCCCAUUCACGGAUAACAAUUAUUCAUCAAACCUGACAAUCAGCCACGGAAAAUGCUGCAUUCUUCACUAAUCUCCGGACACGAAGACAAGCCUUAUUAUUAUUAUUGUUUCUCCAAUGCUGUACAUAAACUGUCUUAUAUCUUGGACAUCUUAGAACCUUUUUUUAAAGUAUCAGUCCAGUUUACCGUUUCCUUCCAGUGUUAUUUUUGAAACCAUGAAAGGUGUGUAAAUUAAUUAGGGGAAUUGUAACAUAAAAAUGUUUUUAUUUUAUCUAAUACACUAUAUAUAUAGAUAAUAAAUAAAGAAGAAUUUGUAUUUAAUUUUCAAGUUUUAUGACAUUUAUGACUAAAUUUAAAAACGUUUAAUCACAACGUAGAACCAUCUUAUAGCACAGUUUGAUUGUUUGGUUUGAAGAGGACUCAGUAUUUAUCAAUUAUAUCUGAGCUUUAAUAAUAUAGAAUUUAUGCACUGAUCUAUAUUUUUCAUAAGGUGUUGAUUUUUCUUCUUUUAAUUGGUCUGGGCUUAUUAUCCGUUGCCAUUUUCAAGUAAGUGAAACAAUUAUUGAAACUAUUUUAAUAGCACCUCUGAAUGACAAAGAGGAAUGCUUAUAAUAUGGAAUCUAAUUUCGUUUUAAUUGUAGAACAGAUUUCCUGCUAA